AUCCUGCAUUCCCAAUCGAAUCGGUACUUCACACGGUGUUUGGAUACAGACAUAACGAACUCCGACUUCCGAGUACUUCAUACUUCUGAGAACCAGAACCGAAGGGAGAAGAAACUGAGGAAGACAGCGAGGUAUGGCUCGGAGUAUCUCUUACGUAACUGGCUCUCAGCUUCUCUCUCUCAGACGCCGGACCAAUAUUGCUAUUGUGGAUGUCAGGGAUGAUGAGAGGAGUUACGAUGGGCAUAUUGGAGGGUCACUGCAUUUUGCGAGCGAUACUUUCUCCGAGAAGAUCCCCAAUCUCAUUCAAGCCGUCAAAAACAAAGAUACCCUCAUCUUCCAUUGCGCCCUGAGCCAGGUUCGUGGCCCAACUUGUGCACGUAGGUUUGCAGACUAUCUUGCAGAAAUGAAGGAAGAUGCAGGAAUAAAAAGCAUUAUGGUACUGGAACGUGGCUUUAAUGGCUGGGAAGCUUCUGGUAGACCUGUUUGUCGCUGCACCAGUAUCCCGUGCAAGGAUGAUAGUGCUUAGUAACAUUCCAUACAUGUCAUUAUCUAUACAAUUAUAUUUUCUCCAUGUUCUGGAGUAUCGGAUUUGUUGCCGCAGCUGCUCUGGCAAUACUGGCUAUUGUUUCAGAUAAACUCCAGUUUUAUCUGAUGCUUUUGUUGAGGAUCAAAUUGUAUUCUUGUUCUCUUCAUGUUGCUGCUGUUAAAGAACUGUUCACAACUGCACUUGCGCCAGAAUAGCUUAUGGGGGCAACUAUGCAUAGCUAGUAAUUUCAAAAUCAUCCUUGUUGACAAGAAGCCUAUUCUCAGGAUGUUCCUCUGUAUAUGAUUCAUCUGCAAUCAGAAUUCAAAUUUUAGAAUAUAUUUUUGUGGUUUAAUUGCUUGACA